GUACCCCGCGCUUUGAUUUUACUUGGUUUUUUGUUGGUCUCGGAGGCUUACCUACGCACCACGCCCUCAGCCACACAGCCUGACCACCCAGUGAUCCGUCCCGCGGCACCACAACAUGGAGGCAGGCGCAAGUCUCGUCUCCCUCGGCAGCUGUGACGUAAACAGCAUUCGUAGAAAGCUAUCAGAACGCCAGCAAUCCCUCUUCUCUCAGGAGCAUGACGACGCCGAGGUUUGGGUUGCAGGUGACGAGCCCCGUAGGCUGCGAGACUGGCAAAUCCCAGCGAUCACCGGAGCAGCGCCUGGGGCAGAUCCCACCGUGCUUCCCGUGCCGGGAGGAGAUGUGCUCUAGUAGGGUUACACCCCGUGGAUACCACGGCCGAACUGAAACCCUCCCGAGUUGUGUUCUAAUAGCAGAAGCAGUGUCAUUCGCCAGUCUCACUCCUGGGACCGCCUCAGGGUAGCCAGCGAGUCCUUCGACAGGCUAGCGAAUGCUCUUCGGGUAUUUCCAUUUUUCUUGGAAACAGUCCUGAAUUUUGGCAUCAGAACCAGAGACGACAACAACACCUGGCACGGCUUUCAUUCAAGACGUCGACAUGCAGAUACAGGGGUUGCUGAGACUUGCUACAUGCUUCAUUACUUUGAGAAUAAUGGGAGGGCCGAAGGAGACCCUUGGUCCCCCAGGCAGACGGCUGUCUAUCAUCAGUACAAUGCUUCUGGUAACCAAUCGUCUUGGAUUCUUAUAAAACCAUCUCCUCAUCUAGAAGAGCCACUACAGGCUGAGCUUGAAGGGGUGUCUCGUCUCGCCCUGUCGGGAAAGGGUAGAGCUGCACGCCUUCACGUCAUGUUCACUUACUUCACCCUGCGCAACUGGCCGGACUACAUCGCGGCUCAGACGACAAAGUUGGAAAGAUUUGAGGCCAUAUCCUUACUCUCCGAGGCCGACCACGUUCAGCAACACGACUACGACCUUCGUUUUCAGGAUCGGCAAAAUCUCCAGCGCUUGAAGCAAAGACUGCUUAGGGCGGCGGCAAUGCUGGACGCUACCAUCGACCUCAAGGCAAGGGUGCAAGAUUUGCUAGGUAGGAAGAGAGGUGAUGCGUUGGAAGAGGCCAUCGCCGUGGAACUAGCAGAUUUUAGCGCAAAGGCAAAGCACUACCGCCGCUGCAUAAACGAUCUCCAGCGACGUGCAUCCGACACCAUGUCUAUGUUACUCGACAUUCUGAACCGCCGCUACGGCAAUGACAACCUCCGGAGCGCUGUGGCCAACGAGUCGUCCCUCAAGGCAAACGUUGCCUUACUUUCCAGGAUGACCAGCAUGGCGCUCCAUGGGGAGAUGGAGCACAAGCUGGAACAGAGGACGGCGGUGAACCUUCGCGCUCUGACGGUGGUGGCGACCUUGUACUUGCCCGCAUCUCUGCUAGCGGGCAUUUUCAGCACAAGUCUCGUAGACGCGAACUCCGAGGGCAUCAUUGUUGUUUCGCCAGAGUUCUGGAAGUUUGUGGUUGUGUUGAUUCCCAUGAUACUGGUCACCUUUCUCGUGGUUGUCUUGCUGCAAGCGGUGUGGACGGCGAGGCAGCGCGAGAAGAUUCGCAAGAUGCAGGAGGCCGCGGCCGCCCAGGAUGCCGCUGCCGUUGGUUUUUAGGUGUACCUACAAAGUCCGACGACCUGGGCCGACGAGGGCGCUGAUGUCGACGACGCCCGCCUAGCACAACUGAGCAUCUCCCUGAAGCUAUCGAAGCUGAUCUGAAUUAAAUUUCACUUGAACUUGCAAAACAGAAAUGUGCC